UUUGUAUCGAAGUCUUGACCUUGAUUGGAGUUAAGGGGAAUUACCAACAAAAUUCUAUUUGUGAAUAUUGAUGAUAAAACUGCAGUAAAAAUGAACCCGUUUGAAGUGAUACUCAUAUUCAUGUAUAUUCUUGACGUGCAUUCGAUAAACUGCGACAAUUGCCCCCCUUUAUACACAAGACAAGAUUGGAAUGCGAGUAUGCCACGUGAGAUUAAAUCUUUGAGAGUAAAUCCUCCACCAUAUAUUGCAGUGCAUCACUCCGCUACGCAAUCUUGUCUAACAGUGUCAGCGUGUAAGAAAUUAGUGAAAAGCAUACAAAACUAUCAUAUGAUUGAUAACGAUUGGGAGGAUAUUGGCUACAACUUCUUAAUUGGUGGUGAUGGUAAUAUAUACGAAGGAAGAGGAUGGGGUAUUCAUGGCGCCCAUUUGAUUCCGUAUAAUGCGAGAAGUAUUGGAAUAUGUCUAUUGGGAAAUUUUACAGAUGAAGAACCACCAAAUAUCCAAAUUCAAGCUCUAAAGCAACUAAUACGUUGUGCCGAAAAUACAAAGAAGGUAACAAAUGAUUACCAUCUGAUAGGGCAUUCCCAAGGAAGUGCGACGUUGUGCCCAGGAAAAUUUGUUCUCAACAUAAUAAAAGGAUGGCCACACUUUGAUACAAAUCCUCAAUAAAAAUAAAACAUUUUUGAUUCUGAUCUCGUUUUAGAAACAAUGGACACGGCACAAUGAAUUUGGAUUAUUAAAAGUGAUUAAGAUGGUUACUAUGUAGAGUAUGAGAUAAAUAUUAUUAUAAGAAAAUAUAUUUGUUCUGAUAAAUAUUCAUGACAUUCAAUUUUCUUGUUUAACCUAAUAUUGAGAAAUGCAUUUUAGUUGGAAUUUAUACAAUUAUAUUUAUUAAGAAAUAAACUAUCGACUGGU